UUGAAGAUUACUUUUUUAUUCCCGCUACUUUAAAAAAUAUUUGAGGGAAUAUUUACUGUUAUUUCCCCACUUUAUUAUUUUUUUAUUUAAAAAAUGCUUAAAAGAAACCAACAAUUUUCAUCUGAGUUCCCGAUACAAGGCAAUUUUAUUCGUUAUUUAUGUCAUUAGCAAUGUCAUUUACAGUAUAUAGAAUCACUGAGCAGAUUGUAGAACUUGAACGCAUAAACUCUUUACAAAGAUCUCGAAAACGCACACUCGUUACAGUACAUGUUUUAUUAUUUUUGCCUUGUUUAAAUUCUGAGCAUUCUUUUUCUCACCCUUCGUCUUUGGUCGCCAUUUUCCUGUAGGACAUGGUUAAUGUUCACUUGUAAGUAAAAGGGAUGUCCCGAUCGCAUAUUUCUGAACCUGAGUCCGAGGCACCUGAUUUUGAGAAGCUGCUGAUACAGAGUCCUGAUUAGAUACCGAAAUUUUUUUAAUUUGAGCAAAAGUUCCAAACAUGUUAUAGUAUUGUACUGUCUCCAUUACUUCCUCUUUCGCUUUUUCUGGGAGUGUUGCGGAGUAUAAAUCGUAUAUUUUUGUUUCUUUUGGCAACGCUAUUGUACCUCUGGAUUAUUUUGUUACUUUUUAGCCCCUAAAAAAAUAGAAAAAUAUAUAUUGAUUUCUGAUUACGUAAUUGGAACGAGGACAUACGUACAUACGUAGUAAGUACAAAAGAUUUGGAUGCACUUUGACACAAAAUUCUAUCACCAGACAUCAUACCUGUCAAGUUGUACGGUUUAGGCGUAAUUUAUACAAGUGAGCACUGAUUUUAAAUGCGUACGCCAUACGUUCAAAAUCAGUACGUUUUUCGCGGGUUCCGUUUUUUUCUCUGGAUUUUGUCACUGUUUCAGCAACGAGACAAUGUGCGUUACUAUACUUUACUACGUUGCUUGAAUGACGCGAGAAAAGUCAGGACACGGAGAUGGGAGUGGGAAGGAGGGAAGAGUGUUGUGAUGCUUUUGCAAACGCGAUGCUAGGCAAGGUGGCUCCAAUAUUUCCUGACUGUAGCCGAUAGCCUACAAUCUACGCCCACUUGAUGCUAUACUAGAUAUCACAUGCUUAUAGAGCUACAUGCAAAAUGACCGACUCGGCAGCAUUAGUAAACAGCCGCCAUAUCAAAAUAGUAGACUUCUCAGAAAGGCUCUGUUGUACUGAACCUUCCUAGCGAACCUAAGUAACUUUUUAUCAAUCAAUCAAUCCAAUCAAUCAAAUGUAUUUAUAGACCCUACUCAUAUGACGUCACAACCACGCCUCCGCGCCAUAUUGUCCGUCAACUCGUCGUAUUGGCGCAUUACCGCUACGUAAAUUCCUCCUAUUAUGGCAUGUUUUUCUGCUCGUUAACAUUAAUAAUCAAAAUGGUGAAGGCGUGUGUGGCGGUUGAUUGCAAUAACAGAGAAGAUAGACUGAGAGACUUGAAGUUCUACCGUAUUCCGAGAAAACUGGGCUCCAAACGAUUACCACAGAUUAUGUAGUAGUCAUUUUAUAUCUGGUAAGAUAGGCAUUUAAUAUAUAUUUAGAGGGUUUUGGGCUGACAACCACAAUUAAGAUCAUUGCGAGGCUCAUUGCCGACAACAUACAGUUUCAAAUUCAAGAUGCUUAUUUCUUCCACCAUUAUUACAUUUUGAAUAAUAUUUAGCUGGUACCAAGUGAAAGAAGCUGGCCUCGUCUACGGAUCAUCAGUUAAACAGGUGUGUCCAAACCUUUUGCAAAGGGCGCCAGAUUUGGUGUGGUAAAAAUGCGGGGGGCUACCUUGGCUGAUUUACAUAGAACAAUAUAUUUAAACAAAUUUUAGCAAGCCCUUCUGUGUGUCACAUUUGCUUUAUUAUUAUUAUUUUUUAAUUCAUAAUUUCAACAGUCUUGUCUUUGUGGCGUUCUCUUUCGACACUCGGGCUCUUGCAAAAUACUGCUGCUGUGAAAUUAAACUAGCUUCAAGUUGCUAUAAUUUCUCGCUUUGUAUCUUCCCUGUAAUGUCGUACAUGUCAGCGUGUCUUGUUCGGUAAUAUCAUUAUCGCGUCACAUCGGACUCUUUGAAAACAGCGACUGUCUCUUUGCAAAUGAGGCAGACACAGUUGUUGUGUGUUUUAUUGAAGAAAUAGCCCAAUAUCCACCUAUCCUUGAAGCGUCGGCCAUCGCAGUCAACUUUUUUUUUUUAUUGAUUGUCGCCAUUUUAGAAAAUUGGAAGUAAAGGGUCACACGGUGUAAUGUUGCUUAGAGUGCUGCUCUUAAAGUUUUUCAAACUUUCUUGAGAAUAGGCUGAUUUUGUGUGGACAAGAUAGUUGUAGAUAUCAGGGUAGCAGAUGUCAGGCAGAGAGGGUGAAGACACCGGGUCGAAAAAUAUCGAUUUAGGCAUCAAAUAUGGAUCUGGCGAAUGGAUAAACUGAAGCUUUUCCACAUAACGCCUUUUAUGCAACGCAUCCAAUGAGUUUACAGCGUCUGAAAGCACUGGGGCUUCCAUGAAUUGCACUAUAAAUUGCACGACAAAUUGAAACCAUUGAGAAUACGGAUAAACACUGAUGGACAAUAUGGUGGCCGGAUACAGCGACACGUCAUUCUGUGACGUUGGUGAGUAGGGUCUAUAUAGCCCUUUACAAAAUCCGAAAGGCCCUCAAAGUGCUUUACAACAAAACAUGACUCAAGAUGAAUAAAAGGCAGGAAAGUAUCAUACAAUGAAAUUAAGAAAAAAAAUGAAACAAUAACCGCACCGCGAUAGAAGUCCAGCAAAUAAAACCGAUAAAAUCCAAAAACAUUAAAAACCCUAAAGCAAAUAAAACCAGGCUAUCCUAAUCUGUGUUAAAGGCGAGUCUAAAAAGGUAUGUUUUUAACCGAGACUUAAAAAGACCUAGAUCCGUAGUGGUGUGGACUUCAGGGGGAAGUCUAUUAUAAAAAAUACUCCUAAAUCGGCAAAAUCUUGACUUGAAUCUAUCUUUAAAUGAUGAAACCGUUUUAAAACUUUCACAUGUUAAAAGUAGACAGAUGGGAACUAAUGCAAAAACGGGAGCAAUUUUAACAACUUUAACGGUUGAUUCACAACAUUAAAUAACUUCCAAACAUAGCAAAGGUUACUAUAUUUCUUUUCAUUUUUUUUUUUUUUUAAAUGGGGGGGCAUGAAAGGUAACACCAGUUACUUUGCCAAGUAACUAAUUACUCUUACAUUCAGCUAACUGAAUCACUAACUCAAGUACUUUUUGGGAGAAGUAAUUUGUAACUAAUUAAUUUUUUAAAAGUAAGAUUAACAACACUGGUCAUAAAGAUGCAGUCUGCAGAAUGAAAAGUGACGAAAGCGAAGAUAUAUUCUUCCAAUUUGUUGCCGAACACAAUAUGCCUGCAACUAUUGCUGAUCACUUCUCAGAAUUGGCAAAAGAAAUGUUCCCUGACUCAAAGAUUGCAUCGGUAAGUUCAUUUUAUCAAUUGACCUUUUUCAUUUAUAAUUGGACACACUAACAAACAUCAAAAGACAUGAUAGAAAUUGCCAAAAGUGCUACAUACAAUUAGAACAAAAGGCACUGUUAAAUUUUAGUAAUCAUGAUGUAGCUGUAGAUAUUGAUUGUUCUUUGAUUGCACCAGGUUAUAUGUGACAAUAUUACCAAUAAAUUCAUAUUAUUUUAAAAAUUGAGUUUUAUUUUUCUUUCAUAUUGCACCCUAUAUAAAACGUUGUAAGAUUAGUCACCAAUUUGUAAGGGCAUACGUCACUAUUUGUAAGAUUGCCAACGCCCCAGGUUGACAGGUAUGAGAUAUGAUGCGGAUGAGAAAGAAGCGAGUUGUAGCGAGAUGCUCGUAUGCCCCUGUGCGGGACGCAGAGGCAAAGCAAGAGGGUAGGGCUGCAGCUAUCGAUUUAUUUAAGUAAUCUAUUAAUCUAUCAACUAGUUAGUUCCAAUCCUAGAGUAAUCGGAUUAGGAAUAUUUGUAUAAGGUUUUGCAGAAUAAAUUUUAGGAGAUGAAAAACAAAGGCUUGCGAAGAUUGCACUUUCAAAAGAGCAUUAAAUACGAUUACAAAAAAAAAAAAUUAAAAUGCAUUAAAAAAAAAAAAAAAAAAAAAAACUGAGCUUGGCCUCAAACAGAAUAAAAUUAAAUAAAUGGGGAUCUAAGUAUUACAAAAGACCAGUUGGCUAACUUGCAUAGCAAAAGUCCGCUAGCUUAAAUGCUAUAAAAUGCUACCUUACAAAAAAUAAAAAUAAACAAUGCUCUUAACAAAUCGUUCAAAAACAUAUUCCAACAAAAAAUUGUGAAAUAUUCCUAUAAACUAAAUUACGAAUGCAUAAAAAAAAAAAAAAAAAAAAAAAAAACAUUAGCUCAAACAAAAACUUACCUUAUGGUGGUCUUAACAGGGAGCAGCUGGAUUCAGCAUUGUUGAAUGAGUUAUAUUCCCUGUUGCCACUAGAGGGCAUUGUAUUACCCAAUUUGAUAAAACUAAAUGCAAACACUUUCAAAACAAACUAUUAUAACGCCACUCUAAAUAAACGAAUCCUCGACACAGGAAAAAAUUUGAUUCGAAGCUGUUUUUCUGAUGAAAUUUCUCGAGUUAAUCGAUUAAUCGUUGCAGCAGUACAAGAGAGCGCUCCCAUGCUGCCUGGCGGGAUGCCGAGGCACUUGGACAUGCCAAGCGAGAAAGGUUUUUCUGGCGCUUGUAUAGUGAAUUUUCUCUCGUGACGUUCUUAACGUGAAAAUAUUGUGAGGUGCUCGUGUCAUGAGGGUCAAUUGUAUACAUUAUUUUUUUAGGGCGUCUUGCUAAAUCAUGUUAUGUUUAUAUAACUAUGCCAUAUGAAGCUCGGUGUUUCUGUACACAUUUCAUGGAAGAUUUUCACCAGCACGUUGUGGCCCAACCAGAAGUUCAAGAUACAUGACGUCCCCUGAUUGUCCACUCAGAUAAACACACUAAAAGCAUUACACUGUCAUGCGAGCUACUUUUCAACAUGCUCUCAGCUGUACUUUACCUGACUUUUACUGGAUCAGCUUUAAAGUACAUCUAGUAGGUGAACUGGACUUUUUACAGCAAACCGUCAGGAGGUAAAGGAGGUCAGGAAAUCCUCAUCACAUCGUCUGAAAUGUAUUAACUCAUCAUCAUCCCAGCUUAUUAGCUACCCUGAUUCAAUAUGAAGAGAAAUAAUUCAUCGAAAUGUUUUAAUGUCACUGAGCGACAGUGGGGGUCGACGGACCUGCCCAGAGCUUCCUGCCCAGAGCUCCUCCAAAAGUCAUAUGUCAGAUAUGCUGUCAAGCGGCUCUUUUCGGGCACCCUUCAGCUACCCAGGCUGUCAUGUAGACCUUCCAUGCUGGACAGAUGUGAAGAUGUAAUGGCUGAUUCCUGUUCUGGAUCGCCAGGAACACUUUGGACUCUGACCAGUCGGAUCUCCAAAGCUUUCUUUGAUGUGGAGAAUGGAUUGUCGGUGGGGCGUAGUCCUCUUGAUGCUCAAACCAGCCCGAGUUCUGGUGGUCUGGUCCUGCAGGCCAACUUUCCACACAGCCAGCGGAGGGAAUCUUUCCUCUACCGCUCCGACUCGGACUUUGACCUGUCACCUAAAGGUCCUACGAAAAAUGCCUCCACUGCAAGUGACCUGGAAGAAAGCUUGAAGCACUGGGAGGUCAACUGGUUGUCAACUCGACACACAGAAGACAUGAUUGUCACACCAUUUGCACAGGUCCUCGCCAGCCUGAGGACUGUCCGGACUAACUUUGCUGUCAUAACUGGGCAGCAAGAUCGGCCCGCGAGCAAGACCCGAUCAUCUGGCAGCAACCCGCCGUCCAUGUGCAAUGCCAGUCUGGCAGAGGAACCGCACCAGCAACUAGCCAUAGAGACUCUGGAUGAGCUGGACUGGUGUCUGGAACAACUGGAGACCCUGAAAACGCGGCAUUCUGUCAGCGAGAUGGCCUCCAACAAGUUCAAGAGGAUGCUGAACCGAGAACUCACCCAGCUGUCGGAGACCAGCCGCUCAGGGAACCAGGUCUCGGAGUUCAUCUCCAGCACCUUCCUUGAGAAGCAACAUGACAUGGACAUCAUGGCUCCCCCCACCAAAGAGGAGAAGAAGAAGCGACCCAUGUCCCAGAUCAGCGGUGUGAAGAAGCCAACUCACAGCCCCAGCCUGGCGCCCUCCACCAUCCCUCGUUUUGGGGUCAGCGGCACCCAAGAGAGUCUUCUAGCCAAGGAAUUGGAGGACAUUAAUAGAUGGGGAGUUGACGUGUUUAAGGUCGCCGAGUACUCUGGAAAUCGUCCACUCACGGUCACCAUGUACACCAUUUUCCAGGAGCGCGACCUGCUCAAGUCUUUCAAGAUUCCAGUAGACACUUUCAUCACCUUCAUGAUGACUUUGGAAGAUCACUACCACGCCGACGUGGCGUACCAUAACAACAUCCACGCCGCCGACGUCGUCCAGUCCACCCAUGUGCUGCUUUCGACUCCUGCACUGGAGGCCGUCUUCACCGAUCUGGAGAUCCUCGCCGCUCUCUUUGCAAGCGCUAUCCAUGAUGUGGAUCACCCUGGUGUUUCCAAUCAAUUUCUCAUCAACACCAAUUCUGAGCUGGCAUUGAUGUACAACGACUCAUCCGUGUUGGAGAAUCACCACCUGGCUGUUGGCUUUAAACUUCUACAAGAGGACAACUGUGACAUUUUCCAAAACCUCAGCAAAAAACAGAGGCACUCGCUGCGCAAGUUGGUCAUUGACAUGGUGCUCGCCACUGAUAUGUCCAAACACAUGAACCUACUGGCAGACCUAAAAACAAUGGUGGAGACCAAGAAGGUCACCAGUUUAGGAGUUCUGCUUUUGGAUAAUUACUCUGACCGCAUUCAGGUCCUUCAGAACAUGGUGCACUGCGCGGACUUGAGUAACCCCACCAAACCACUAGAGUUGUACCGGCAGUGGACUGAUCGGAUCAUGGUGGAGUUCUUCACUCAAGGGGACAGGGAGCGGGACAAGGGCAUGGAGAUCAGCCCGAUGUGCGACAAACACAAUGCCUCCAUUGAGAAGAACCAGGUGGGUUUUAUUGAUUACAUCGUUCAUCCUCUCUGGGAGACGUGGGCCGACCUCGUUCACCCCGAUGCGCAAGAAAUCCUUGACACCUUGGAGGAUAACAGAGAGUGGUACCAGAGCAUGAUCCCCCGAAGUCCUUCACCCAAUCCCGAAGGCUCAGGACUAGAGGACGACGGCGGGGAAGCUUCGGGUUUUAAUACAGGCACGGCGUCGGCUGACAAAUUCCAGUUCGAGCUCACCUUGGAGGAGGAAGGCGAAUCUGAUGCGGAGAGCCUGCCUGAGGAGGAAGAGGACAGUCGAGGGACUGAAGCUUCCAGAACUGAUCCUGGCAAAGGAUUAGGUGCCAUAUCUGCUCACUUACUCCCUAAAACCACCUCUGUUGAGGCAACAAGGACGUUUUCCGCAGACUCCGAUAAAACGGCACCAGAAAGAGCCACAGAAACGAGUUCGGAUCUUAGACUGGACACAUAGCAUUCAUCCCAACGAGUUCUCUGCCCUUUUUUUUGUUUAUUUUUCAUCUUGAUUUCAGUGCCUCAUCCACUUUCACUCCACUUUUGGUCCGCACAAAUGAGCCUGCGAUGAGGUGCUGCACGGAGGUCUGCGGUUGAAGUACGCGCUUGCACUAAAGACAGAAAAACUGAUGUUGUCUGAACGGUCAUUUCUGUUCUGUCAGUCAGACACACUGUGGCUAUUUCUGCAGAGACUAUGUGCCAAGAAAUUCUAGCCUUGUCUUCCUCUUUUUACAUUUUUUGUAAUGAUGGUAAGGAAGUGGUGAAUGACAUGGGGAAAAAAUAUUUAUUCGUUGCUGAGGAUCUUUGCUUUAAAAUGUCUUGCAGUGAAUGGUUAUGUUUCACUGCCAUUGGCGACGAUAGACGUCCUAUCCAUUUUGACAGUUUGACAGGGAGGGCUACCUGCCUCUCCCAGUCAAAAUGGAUGGGACAUCUAUCACUGUCAGUGGCAGCCAAUAAGUUAAAGAGACAGACAACACCUAGUAUAAAGGACCUUCAUGUGAAAGACGGUUGCUCCAAGUAUUUAAAGGGAACCGCGGACUUAAAGACUUGUAGGCUCUUAUAAGCCACAAUUGUUCUCUUUACUAAAAUAUAUUAUUAGAAACACAUAAAAUAUUGCCAUUGAUUGUUUUGAUGUUUCGACCUAUGGAGCGCACCAUGUUUUAAGCGCGCAAUGGACGCUCAGGGUGAUGACGUAGAUUGUCACUGUCACUUGACGAAUACUACAGGGUUACUGCAAUUCCUUCUAUGUGGCUAGACGUCCAACACAUGCGCUUAUCGUUUAAAAGCGGCGAGUACUUACUCUUUGUAUUUUUAUGGAGUCUUUUAUUACCUUUCCAUUGCCUCAAAAUACUUUUUGCAUGUGUUUCUCUCUCAUACUGUUAAGCAUAGUGUUUUCUUGUGGGAGCUUCAAAGCAGAUUGUUGAUCUGUUCACCACGUAAGUCACGUACCUUAUUUAAACCACCCUUAUUUGAUAUUACUACGUUUAAGUAUUUUCUUAAGGCAUCUUUAGUAUGUUUUGUCUGUAUGCAUCUAAACAAAAAAAGCUGAAAGCGGACGGUAGUACUUUGGGUUUCAAAUUUGCCGUGUAGGACUUGUAGCACAUUUUGGCAGACACUGUCUUUUUUUUUUCCUACUCUCGUCUCGUCUCAUCCCGUCUUUCCUGUUCAUUUUGAUCUUGCUGCUUGUUUUGUGAAAUAUCGAUAGUGCUGUCAUGCUCAUUAAUUAACUCUCGGGUUCAAAUUGAAAGGGUUGAACAGAUGACAUGUUUAUGUCGCCAGAGUCAUACGCUGGAACCCCGGCAGCGUAACUAUGUGACGUCACCGCCCUGCGAUGUCAACAACAAUAGCGAAUUACUAGUUAAACUAAUUUUACAAAUUGUAUAAAAACAAAAGCAUCAAGAGGGGUUUCAAUAUCAAAUUAUUUUAACUCAUAAUAACGUUUAUCUUUGAGGAACUACAAGUCUUUCUAUCCGUGGAUCCCUUUAAGCAAAUAAAUUGUGAAUUCCUUAGACCUCUGAUCAUGGAGAAUACAAUGUUUAAACACAUAAAAGGACACGGUCAUGAGCGCAGCCAUUUUUUGAUGUCAGUUAUACCCACGCACAUUCACACUUAUUUGAACACAGGUGCAUAGGUUGAUGGGUAUUACUGAUGUCAUGAGGAAGGGCAUUUGAUGUGCUGAAAUACUACCGGCAUUGAUGAAAUAUCUGUCUGCCACUUCCUGGAACUACAAUACAUUUCUCUCCACUAUUAUACAUCAGGGAAAAAAUCUAAUUCUGUGGGGUUUAUUUUUCUUAUCAUUCUUCUGGAAUGCACGUGAUAAAGGUGUUGUCUGUCGCUUUAGAAAACCAGUUGCAGUUUUUUUAGCUAAUAGUGCAAGUUAAUUGGGUUAGCACCAAUGAUUCUGAAGGCCCUGGGUAGACAAAUUUGGCAAGUAAGUUUGUUCUUUGUAAAUGCCGCCAUCUAGUGUUAAAAAGUAGCUCCCAAUCUCAGAAUCCAAUUAUUUGCAUGACAUGCAUGGGCAAAACAUUCAAAUGGGUUCAAGUGUAGGUUUCCCCCAUUUUAAAAUAUCAGAUAAGUUUUUGCUUUGUUCCUAUUCAAACAUGUUUUUUAUUUGAAUUCACUUGUCAUUAUUACUAUGUAGGCACCCAUUUUAUCAGUUUGCCUUCAAGUCGAGCACUUUAGUUUCAUUUUGUUGUUCAUGACUAUUAGCCCUCAUUGUGAUUUGAAAGGGCUUUGAUUCAAACCACGAGCACAUGGAGGCUUUAGACUUAAAAUGCAACACUAAACAUUGUUACCUUAAAAACCAGGUGCGUUUAUAUCCUGAAAUUGUUUUCACAAUACACAGGAUGCAUCUUUUUAACUGUAAACAAAAAAAGGUGAGGCUUUUCCCCUCUUGUUAAUCAAUACGUUGCUCUCCAUCACAUAAGUCAAUGACAAAACAAGUGCCAGGCAAGCGUGACACAAACCGUACUGUAGUUUCCAUUAUGCCACAGGCUACUUUCCACCAGCGCCAAACUGAUAAAGUUGGUUGAUUGUAGCACCUCAUGUGCCAAUUGGACCCCAGCGUCUCUCCUUCAACUUCUCUUCAAACUGUAACUGAUAUUGUCUUAAAGCGGUGUUGUGUUUUUCUAUGUGUGAGCGAAUGACAGGGUGGACUUGUAUAUGCGAAUAAAAAACCAAAGCACUUUGUAUAGUACAAUUUACAAUUGUAUACUUCCAUUAUGUGUCAAAUGUGACUAUUUUAUGGGCUCUUUGGUAGUUGAGCACAGUGCUACACUACUACAGCUGACAAAGAUUGGAUUUUGGGACAGAUGGUGUUUUUUCUUGGCUGUAUUUGAUGCACAAGUUUGACUCCAAGAUAUGAACAGUAUAAAGACCACUAUAGAUUCUGUUUUAGCACAAAUCACUCCCGUUCAGUGUAUCAAUUUGUCACGUGUUUUUCUCGUUUUGUUUUUCAUGCCUUAUUUUCAAACUUGGGAUUGUCUUUCAUGUACUACCCAAGAUGCUGGAGGAAAACGUGCAAUGCUUUCUGUCAUAAUUAACAGCACAACAGACAGACCAACACUACAGGAUGCCUUGAAAAUUUAAGGUCUAAUGAACAGCAUGGUAACUCGCACAAGAAUUCAGCCGUUUUGUCUUGUACAUUUUCCUCAAAUUGCUCCAUGUACAGUUUAUUUAUUAUUUCCUUAUUACCUGAGACACAAAGAAAAAGUAGACAUAAGUUCUCAUUUCUAGUAUGAUUUUUCAGAAGGACAUAUGGGAUAGGAUAAAUGCUACUGUUUUUUUCUCCUCUACAACAUACACAAAAUGACUCAUUUCCAUGAUUUGUUGGUAUGAAAAUAGUUGUGUGGCCGAUUUACUUCACGGUUUUCUGAAACAUUUCUCCUUGUACUGUCGUCAUCGAUGUCAUUGCACAGUGGAUCUUCCACAUUAUUGUUCAUCCACGGUGAAGAUGAUGGGCCAAAAAUGGUCAUUUUAGUUGUGAAUCUUCUUAAUGUAUGAAUUGAUUACCACUGCUUUGACAAUCCAAUCUGUUGUCUAACCAUGGGUUUUUGUGCCCUCCUUUCAACUUUAACUGUAUGCCUUGCCAAUAAAAGA